UUUGAAUAAAGCUGAUCUUUUUCUCUUUUAGAUACCUGCGUCUUGCGGUGCUAACAAUGAUCAUCAUUCGUCUGCGUCGUGUAGAGGGAACUCGGAAGAAUUGGAACAUUCGUUUUAUAAACAAAUAGAAAUAUCUUCUAGGAGCAAAAAGAAGCAGGCUAAACAUGAUGAAGCAGUGCGUCGAAUGCAGGCAGCCAUUGAAUUGGAUCGUGAAAACACCGCAACAUCGUUACGUACAACUGAAAUGACUGCCAUACAGAAGAUUCUUGAUGAACGUGGGCUUGAAUUAGUUGACAUCCCUCCAGAUGGUGACUGUCUUUAUAAUGCUGUUGCUGAUCAACUGAGAAGAAUUAAAGGAUACGGACAAGCAACAGGGAAGGAUAUGCGCCGUCGUGCGGCAAAAUACAUGCGUGAACAUAAACAUAACUUUAUUCCUUUUUUAACAAGCGAAGACGACGACCUUCUGGCGGAUUUUGAAUUCGAUAAGUAUUGUCACGGAGUUGAAAACGAAAGCAAAGAUGGAGGCGUUUGGGGUGGUGAACCGGAAUUGAAUGCUCUUAGUCAAUCAUUGGAACGUUCUAUAGAGGAAGAGUAUUACGGUGGAAUAUCAUCAGAUUUCCAGCUAAUCCAACCGAUGGGUCCUCCGGUCAUAUUCGGAGAAGAGUUCAACAAGACGAAACAACUGAUAAUCGUAUACCAUCGUCAUGCUUACCAACUUGGUGCGCAUUACAAUUCAACAACUGCAAAGGCAUCGUCGUGA